CUAGCUAAAGCUAUGGACCAGCGCGAGAGCACCAACAAGAAGGUACUAUUCUCUUGUGCCAUGAAAGGGGAAUGGGGGCGAGUCAUUGAAAUGUACAAGGAGGACUCAACGUUUCACAAGGCCAGAAUCACACGCUCCGGACACACUGCGUUGCACAUUGCAGUCUCUGAUGGCAAGGAGGACGUCGUGAGACAGAUGGUGGACGUCAUCAAGCCGCAGCAACCUCAAGAGGAACCUAUCAAGGCUCUGCGAACUCACAAUAAUAGAAACAACACUGCAUUGCAUUUAGCCGCUUCAAUGGGGAAUGCCACCAUGUGUCACAUCAUUGCCAGCGUCGAGCGUACCUUGGUGGACGAUCGUAACGCUGACGGCGAGACGCCCCUCUUCUUGGCCGCUCUCCAUGGCAGAAAGCAAGCUUUUCUCUGCCUCCAUUCCAUCCGAAACCCUCCCAACACUGACUCCCCCUUCUACGUUAACUGUAGGAGGAACGAUGGUGACACUAUCCUUCACUCUGCAAUCAACGGUGACCACUUUGAUCUUGCGUUACAAAUCAUUCAUCUGUAUAAAGAUCUUGCGAAUUGGGUUAACGAGAAAGGUCUAUCUCCUCUGCAUUUGCUAGCAUCAAAGCCUUGCGCUUUCAAAAGCGGAAGCCGCCUCGGACGGAUGGAAACCAUCAUUUAUCACUGUAUGUAUGUUGAGGAGCUUCAGCCACAGACAUUACCAGGUGCAGCCAAGCACGGUGAUAGCCAUGGUUAUCCUGACAACUACAAUACAUCGUGGAAUGUUUUCAAGCUAAUAAGAAAAGCGGUCGAUGUUGUAUUGGGCAAACCUUGUGAAGCAAAUGCGGAAGAUCCCGAAGCGGGAGCUCAGGCAAGCUCGUUAUUUCCAGCUAAUUACAGAACCUGUUGCCAUUUGAUCAAGUUCUUUUAUCUGGUGCUUCUGAUAAUUCUCGGGAAAGGAUCUGACCAAUUGAGGAAGAUAUAUCGAAAAAAGGAGAUCCAUACAAGGUCUGCUCAAAUAGUUAAACAACUUCUUCAUUACGCUUCCUCGUAUGAGUACGAGGAUGAUGGGAGCCACCCCGAAGAAGGGUAUAGUACGACGUUGUCACAGGAUGCCACCCCUGCCACAUCAGUCAAACCUACAACUACAAGCACCGAGGACAAAAAAGAUGAGCAGAAUCCCAAAAGGGGGGCAAUAACGGAGACUGCAAUAUUAGUGGCGGCAAAGAAUGGAGUGAUGGAAAUAAUAGAGAAAAUUUUGGAGUUGUUUCCGGUGGCUAUUCACGAUCUGAAUGAAGAUAAGAAGAACAUAGUGUUAUUGGCAGUAGAACACAGGCAACCUCACGUGUACCAGUUCUUGCUGAAGAAGAAUAUUUAUAAAGAAAGCCUAUUCCAUCAAGUGGACAAGCAUGGAAACAGUGUGUUGCACCUCGCAGCCACACUUCGUGACUACAAGCCUUGGCUCAUUCCCGGUGAAGCUCUUCAAAUGCAAUGGGAACUCAAGUGGUACAAGUUUGUGAAUGAGCCCAUGCCGCCUGAUUUCUUUGGGCGAUACAACCUGAAUAAUGAAACCCCAGAUGAUAUUUUCUCCAGAACUCACAAAGAUCUCGUGAAAAGCGCCGCCGAGUGGCUGAACAAAACCUCAGAAUCAUGCUCGGUGGUGGCCGCACUAAUUGCCACGGUGGCCUUCGCCACGGCAGCCACCGUGCCCGGCGGGGUGAAACAAGAGACCGGCCACCCGACACUGGAAUAUGAGCCGGGAUUCCAACUGUUCGCCAUCUCAUCUCUCGUAGCCCUUGGCUUCUCCAUCACGGCGGUGGUGAUGUUCUUGUCCAUAAUGACGUCUCGAUUUCAAGAGCAAAAUUUUAACAAAGACUUGCCAAGGAAGUUACUGGUGGGAUUGACGUCCUUGUUCAUUUCGAUUGCUUCCAUGCUGGUGUCGUUCUGUGCGGGGCAUUUCUUCGUGCUCAAGGAUCAGCUUCAUUAUGUUGCUCUUCCCAUAUAUUUGGUGACCUGCCUCCCCGUAACCCUGUUUGUGUUGGCACAAUUUCCACUUUACUUUGAUCUUUUAUGGGCUACUUUUAAGCAUGUUCCACAGCGCAGUUACAGGACCUCUUAACAGAUCAGGUCUUGACUUCCUAGGUCUGCUUGGGUACUUUAAUUAUAUUUAUUGACUUGAUUAGUUUACAUUCAACACUUAAGAUUAUCCAUAUGUGCUGCUUUUAUUGA